UUUCGUGUCAAGUUUCUCUGUUUAUGGAUGCAUUAUUUUGUGCCAGGAGAUCGAUAAUUUAGCGAUAAGCGAUUAAUUUAUUUAAAUUUAGAACGAUUAUAAAAAAGCGACAUGGAUUUUAACGUUAAAAAAAUGGUGAAGGACGCUGGGGCAGCUUUAAGCAGAGCAAUCCAGCUUACCGAAGAAAAACUAGGAACGUCGGAAAAAACUGAAUUAGACGGUCAUUUUGAAAAUCUCUGGUCGAGAGCCGAGCAUACCAAAAAUUACACCGAAAGGAUUGUGAAGAAUACAGAAGCUGUUUUAAUACCCAACCCAGGCAAUAGGGUCGAGGACUAUAUCUAUGAGAAAAUUGAGAAGAAGCGGCCUUCGCGAUUAAGCAAUUUAGAGUACCUAGGAGUGGAUAUGGUGGAAGCGGGCAAUGCAUUGGGACCAGGUACAAUAUACGGUAGUUCUCUCAUUAAAGUUGGUCAGUGGGAACAGAAGUUAGGGCAGACUGAGAGAGAUUUUAUUGGGUCCGCCGGAAUGUGCUUUACACAGCCUUUGAGAAAGUUUUUGGAAACUGAAAUGAAGACUAUUAUUAAAGAGAAGAAUCUGCUGGAGAUGAAGAGAUUGGAUUUGGAUGCCUGCAAAAACAGAGUCAGAAAGGCCAGGAGCAUGCUGGGACAACCAGCUGGAAAGGAUGGAAUUUCUCCAGAGCAAGCUUUGGAACAGAAACAUGCAUAUGAAAAUGCCGAAAAGGAACUGAGAAUAGCUCAAUCGGAGUUUGACAGACAAGCCGAGAUCACGAAACUUCUAUUGGAGGGUGUGAGUAGCAGCCAUGCUGCUCAUUUGAGAUAUUUACACGAAUUCGUAGAAACACAAGCGAGAUUUUAUUCGCAGUGUACGACCGUCAUGACCGAUUUACAACGAGAACUAGCAAGUUUAUGCAGUAGUCUUCCCAAUCAAAAUAACACAAACGCGGAGGAAGACAUGCAGAAAGCCAAAGUCCUGUACGAUUACGAAGCUAAAGAUAGCUCCGAAUUGGAUUUAAAAGCAUCUGAUGUAAUAUUUAUUAGAGAUAUCCAAAACGGCGAUUAUUACAUGGGCAAAAACGAUAAAAACAAUCAAGGCUUUGUGCCUAAAGCGUACGUGGAAUUACUGACCUAAUUUCUUUCCAUUGUCCACUGUAUAUUUCCAUAUUUUUUAUAAUAUUCUAUCUACUGUGCAUCGACGUUUAGUAUUCCAUAUUUUUUAUAUUGUUAAUCCAUUCCAAAUAUUUUUAUAGUAUAGCAUUUUUCAAGCGUCUUCUAAAUGUUAACAAUGUGAAUAUUUAAUCUACGAUAUUCUAUAUGUUUCAUUUAGAAUACGUUACUUUUUCAAAUUGUGUAUUCCAAAACUUUCUGCGAUAUUCUUACACUGUUAAAAAUAUAGAUGCUAGUUUAAAAUACAUAUUGCGAUUGCGUACUGUUACUUUUCACUUAGAGAUAGAGAAAAUCUUUUUAUUUAUAAUUAUUUGUUCUAAAUGGUUGGUCAUUUGUUAUUAGAGCAAUUUCUGAGAAUCUCUUAUGAUUUAGUGUUUCCUAUUUAAUUGAAAAGUAUAUUUUAACAUUUUUAUUAAUUUUCAUUAUAUGUUUAACAAACUGAUUUCAUUAUUAAUUACUUCAUGCUAAUGUGAAUAAACAAAAUAUUUUAUUAAUAUCUAAAUACUCAUUUUUUUCGUUGUUAAUUCUUUAUAAUUUAAGUUAGCAUUGGCAUUUUCGUGAAACUCGAUGAAAAAGUGAAAUGUUAAUGCAAUAAUUACCAAUCGUAGUCAAUUCGAUUAUAUUGAAAUGUGCAAUUAAAGUUAUAAAAAAAAUUAAAAAGCUUCUACUCUAUAUAUCACUAAUAAAAUUGUUAUUGUUAAUACUCUGUAUAAUAACGUUAAAUAAAUCACUUUUGAUCUAA